UACCUAAAGGCAUCAACACAUUCCACCUUGAAGUUUUCUAAUUCGAUUUGGAUGUUAUAUAAAGUACAACAAGCAACGCUGUUGUUUUAUUUUAUUUUUAUCAAAUUCGUCGAAGAAAUAAUAUAUAUGUAUAGUAAACAUUUUAACAAAACUUUGAUUAUCGCAAGGUGGUAGAAUAGUUUUUCAACGGAUAUUUUGUAACUAUCUAGAGAUAUAGAAACAUGUCAGAUUCAUCUAAUAAGUGGGACAGCAACUUUCCCGCUGUUAGAAUUCCAAUUAUAGUAUUAACUGUGGUUGAAGCUAUACUGACAUUGGUAAUAUUUGGGUUAGCUAUUGGAAGUUUAGCAUGGUCAACAGAUCCAGCCUACAAACCCACAGGAGUUGGGAUAUGGUGCCUUGUUUCAUUUAUACCCGCUAUUAUUAUAACUCUCAUGUUAGGUAAGCUUGCAAAGACGGAGACAACUUUCCAAAGUAGUUAAGAAGUUAGAAUGAAAAUCACAGCAUUGUCCG